AUGGAGGCUCGCUGUCAAUGCGGAAGCGUGAGCUUCAAGACACCCUUGGCGAAGCCAUUGGCACUGUACGUUUUCCUUCUUCCUUUUCUUCUCAUCAUCAUGACAAGUUCGCUCUCCCUCAGACGGAGGAGCUGUCGUGUUACUCGUAAGCAGGCUACACGCUGUCUUUAUGCAUUGAUGCGCAACUCAUCAACGACAUUCUUUAAUAUCAUAGUCGUCCUACUCCAAGUGGACACACGCUAUACUGGUAGGUUCUUUCUAAUCGACAGGUCCAACGCUGUCGGCUGUAGCACCGGACGGCUAACCUAUUUAUUCUGCAAAGCUACUUUUGCCGUAGGUGCGGAUCGAGGCUUUUACACACGACGCCGAAAUUUGUCGUCGAUACUCAUCGUCCAACUUUCACAGGGAAAGAAUGUAGUUUCCGUCAAGGGAGGUUGUCUGGAUGGGCUCGACUGGAACAAUGCCAUCCACAUAUGGACCAAGUCGGCCAUGGUCCCCAUACCCGAAGGCUCUGAAUGUUACUCGGAGGAGCCGACGGAUUCGGAGUACUCGGGCCCCCAGGAAACACUGGAUCAGCCCGUGGACGUCCCGGGUAGCGCCCUCAUGGGCAGUGGAGGCUUGCUGCCUGAGCCGAGGCCGACUGAAGAAAUAUCCAAGCUCAAUGAUACCAAGAAGGGUCUUUGCGAGCUCAGUAGCUCAUUCACUCAUAUAGGACACUGA